GAGACACAUGACAAGAUCAACAUGUGCGGGUGCUACAUGAGAGAACAAAUCCCCUUCUACAAGGAGGUUGACGACACUGAAGAAGACGCCAAGGACAACAAGGACACCGAUGGCGAUGAUCCAGACCAUCCAUUCGCCAGGAGGAACGUCACAACAGUCCCGGGAAGCGCCCAGCUGAUACAAGUACGUGAGUCCAUUUACUUGUUGGUUGAGGUAUCGCCGCGUGUGCGUCAUGACUAGAUGUGUGUGCAUUGCAAUGGGUGGAUGCCUGCCUGCAGGCCAUCCCAAGCAAGUUGAUGGGCCCUCGUCAGUGCCAGCUGUUCUGCCAGGCGGAGAACAACUGCACCUACUUCACCGUCGAAUACAGCAAGUGUGUAGGCAAUCAAGCGUCUUCAUCCCACAAACCCAGGAAGGAACCCAUGUGCUGAUUUGAGUGUGUGUGUGUGUGUGUGCAGGUGUUGGCUGUGGGGCAAGAUAGAGAGAUGGGAGGACAGCUCCAAGCACACCUCGGGGCCUCGUCUGUGCGCCGAGGACAAACUGGCCGUCGGCCUGCGAUGCGACUCAAGUGCGUCAGUGAGGGAGUGAAAGGGAGAGCCAGUGCGAGGGCAUGGGCAUGGGACCACAAUCGAUGAGCUGCUGCCUGUGCUAUGGCUGCAGGUUUCUAUCGUCAGCGGUACACGGCUCUGUCGCUGUUUGUGUUGAAGGUCAAGAACAUCCGUGUGCCGUUCGGGGACGGCUGCCCCGUCGAGAUCAGCUGGGCCUCCCUCUCGUGGAUCCUGGCCGUGGCCGUCCUCCUGCUCGCCACACUCAUCAUCGCCUGCAUCUCUCGUGCGCGAUACGAGAAGCGCACCAAUGUCGUGCGGGUAAUGAUCGCCGCUGUGGCGAUGUGGGACUUUUUGACUGACUGCGCGUUCGUGGCGCGCUCCUGGGAUAAGACGAUGCUAUGGGUGUUUUGGGUUGGGCUCUUCCAUCUGGUGCUGGUGGUUCUGGCGAACUCGCUGGCGCUCAUUUGGUUUAUCAAGGGUGUGGGGAAGCAGGGGACCUACUUCCGGCGGUGGUUCGACAAGCACCGACGGCACAGCCACAUGACCUUCCUGCUCGUCUUCGUGAGCUCGUUUCUGCACCUGGGGGUCCUUCACUUGUUCGCUUCCCGCCUCUUCGGCUGGAGGCUCUUCUCCCUGCAAGUGCACACCCAAAGCCUGCUGACCCUCGAGAUGCUAACACUGGCUGAGGACGUGCCACAAGUCGCUCUGCAGGUGAGUCGACACAUCCAGGAUGGGUGGAUACUACACUGACGGCAUAUGGAUGGUGUGUGUGUGUGUGUGUGAAGGUGUCCUAUGUGCUGCUGAAGCAGGGUGGGGGCGGCCGUGGGAUCCCUUCCGUGACGCUCGUAUCGGUGCUCACGUCGGUCUUCCAGGCAAGCUUCGACCCCGACAAACCCACCCCCACACCGACCGACACCAAUGCACUCACUGCACGCACAACUUGUGCUGCCUUGCCUGUCCUGUCCUCGAUUCAAUUCAGGUGUUGAAGGUGUUGUUAUUCGGCCUCAAGUACAUAUUGGCGUCCGUCUUCCCUAUCGUGGCCGUCAAAAGCGCCAGAUCUGAGGCGGCAAUCUCUCUCUCUCAGGGUGCUGACAUCGCCAAGGAGACCAGCAAGCAGUCGACGGCCAAGGCAAACGACGAGAACAGCAGUCAACCGUCUGUGGCCAGGGAGAGCCAGGAGGGGCCGUGAUGGAUAGACUGCAG